GUCAAUCAAUGUCAAAGUCAAUCAAAGAGAUCAACCCCACGUGUUGUUGGCGAACUUGUGAGCUGCGCUCCGAGCAAAUCUCUUUUAUUCGUUAUCAAAUUCUGCAGAAAACCCAAAAUAUGUCGAAUGAAAUUGAAGACCAGAUGGAUGCUAGUGAUAGUGGCAGUGAAGAAGAUGAUAUGGAUGAAGAAGGUAGUGCGGCAGAAGACGAAACACCGCAGACUUAUUUACCCGGUCAGCCCCUGAAAGAGGAUGAGCAGCUAGUUUGUGAUCAGUCAGCAUAUGUGAUGCUCCACCACGCCCAAACUGGGGCUCCAUGCCUCAGCUUCGACAUCAUAAUGGAUAAUCUUGGUAGUGACAGAGAUCAGUUCCCCAUGACUGCCUAUUUAGUCGCCGGUACUCAAGCAUCUAGUGCUCAUUUAAACAAUUUGUUGGUUAUAAAAAUGUCAAAUCUACACCCAACAUUAAAAUCUGAUGAUGAUGAAGAAUCAGAUGAGGAUGAUGAUGAAGAAGAAGAGGAAGAUGAGGAAAAGAAGCCCCGGAUGACAUUUUCAUUUAUUAAACAUCAAGGUUGUGUAAAUAGGAUAAGAACAGCAAAUUUCAAAAAUUCAGUGCUUGCAGCAAGUUGGUCAGAACUAGGCAUAGUGGAUAUUUGGAAUGUGACCCAGCAAUUGCAAGCGGUUGAUGAUCCAGUCCUUCUAGAGAGGUAUAACUUGGAUGUGGUGACGAAUCCUGUCAAGCCUUUAUAUUCUUUCAAUGGCCACCAACAGGAGGGAUUUGGUAUUGACUGGUGCCCUACAGAACCUGGGGUCCUUGCAACAGGUGACUGUAGAAGAGAUAUACACAUUUGGAAGCCAAAUCAAGCUGGCAGCUGGGAUGUGGAUCAGAGACCUCUUGUUGGUCACACCAACUCUGUAGAAGAUAUUCAAUGGUCGCCAAAUGAACGUAAUGUGCUGGCAACAUGUUCUGUAGACAAAACAAUUAGGAUAUGGGACACCCGGGCUGCCCCCCAUAAAGCAUGUAUGCUUACAGCAGAAAAUGCUCACGAAAGUGAUGUAAAUGUUAUAUCAUGGAAUAGUAAAGAACCUUUUAUAGCCAGCGGUGGUGAUGAUGGCUUUCUACAUAUAUGGGACUUGAGGCAAUUUACAAAUAGUACACCAGUGGGCACGUUCAAACAUCACACAGCACCUCUUACGUCUGUGGAGUGGCACUGGACAGAGCCCAGCGUGUUGGCUUCUGCGGGAGAAGACCACCAAGUAGCAUUGUGGGAUUUGGCAGUAGAAAGAGACGAUGACGAGGUUGUGGAUGAAGAAUUGAAGGACUUGCCUCCACAACUCCUUUUCAUCCAUCAAGGACAAAGCGACAUUAAAGAACUCCACUGGCACAAGCAGAUGCCGGGCGUAAUAGUGACCACUGCACACACAGGAUUCAAUAUUUUUAAGACUAUCAGUGUAUAGAAUAAAAUAAGAAAUUCCA